GAUUUUUUUGGGUAAAAACUGUGAUGCCCUUCCGGCCCAGUUCUCAAUUCCCUAGUCUUCUUGCCUCCAAAACCCUCCGCCAUCUCUUCCCCCUCCCGUCCUUUGCUGUCUCCGCCGCCCGAUCUCCGAGCAUGGCAGCGGCGCCCACCGGUGGGACCGGUGAAGACUCCCUUCCGGCGGGAACUCUAGGCGGCGGGUACCCGACCCCGCUAUCGCCGCCGUACCCGGCGGAGUCGAAGGUGGUGGAGCUCCGCCGGGCGAUGACGGCGGCGGCGAGGUCCGGCUCCUUUGAGCUGACCGCUGGCGAGAUAGUGUACGAGGACGAGUGGCUGGCGAUCGCCAACAAGCCCUCCGGCGUCUACUGCGAGGCCGUCCUCUCCUCGUUCCCGUCUCUCCGCGGCUUUGCAACUGUACAAUCCGAACUUCAUCUAGCCAACCGGCUAGAUCGCGACACCAGUGGGCUGAUGGUCAUAACCAAAUCUCACAAAGUUGCAGGGAAGUUGGUGAAGGCAUUCACCAAUCACGAGGUCAAGAAAACAUAUCUGGCUCUCUGCAUUGGAUAUGCACCAAGUUGGAAGAAGAUCACAAUAAGUUCAGGCCAUGGGAGAUCAAAAUUCGGUGCAUGGAGAGUGUACUCCACAUCGGAUGUUGGGCGCACACUUCCUGGUGGGUCGAUGGUGAAGCAUAUGGUCACAUCUUUCGAAGUGUUGUCCAUAAAUGGGCAGGGGAAGUUCAGGGAGCCUACUGAGCCUGAAGCUCAUGAAGCAGAAUCAAUCAUUGUCCAAGAGAAGGGAAUUGAAAGGGGCAGAAAUGAUGACAUGAAGGCUGACGAGAUUUUGGUAAGAGCGUACCCUCAGAGCGGGCGAACACAUCAGAUACGCCUGCACUGCCAGUAUCUUGGAAUUCCAAUCAAAGGUGAUGUGAAGUAUGGUGGGGUUCUUGAAUGGAAGGGGAUAUCAUGCGAUGCUCAUACACUUCAUGCUGAAAGCCUAUCAUUUCGACACCCUGUGACUGGUCUACCUGUCCAGUUUCAGCCUACCCUACCUUUGUGGGCAAGUGAGAUAUGUGGAUCGAUGUUACAAGAUUCAUGACAUCGGCUUCUAUCAUGUUUGAACUUGUGACAAAAACAUUGUUUUACAGGAAGAAAUAUUCAUGAGCAAGGCUUUUAUCAAGAAAUGUGGUUUUAGCAGCAAGGUUAAUUGUUCCAACAUUAAGAAAUAUUCAUGAACAAGGUUUCUAUCAGGAAUGUGGUUUUGGCAGCAAGGUUCAUUGUUCUAGCAUUUUCCAUCGAGCAGGGGAAUAGAUUCAUUGGAGUUAUGAUUUGUUAGUCCUUGAUAAUGGGAUAAAAUUAUCAAAAAAUUUGUUUAGUUUCUGUUGAAAUUUGCACAUUUGCACUACUUAUUACAACUCAUUGUUUAGAGAUGUAAUAUUUUAGGCCAUCUUUUUAAUGGAAGUAGUUUGUUGGUGUAAAAUCGCUAAUGUUACGCAAGAUGUAAAUGAAUACGAACUUACAAUUGAUGGGGAUUCAUGGCUCGUCUUUGUUUAUGUCCA